AUGGAGGAGGCAGGUUCGGCGGAGGCGGAUAUGGAGGAGGCAGGUUUGGCGGAGGCGGCGGAUUCGGAGGAGGCAGGUUUGGCGGAGGCGGCGGAUUCGGAGGAGGCAGGUUUGGCGGAGGCGGCGGAUUCGGAGGAGGCAGCAAACACACCCGGCAGAGGAAUCGGUGGAGGCGGUGGUUUCAGAGGCGGCAGAGGAAUCGGUGGAGGCGGUUUCAACGGCGGAUUCAAUAGAGGAGGCGGUAUCAACCAGGGCUUCAACAGGGGAGGUAACGUCAACACCGGAUCGGGCGGAGGCAUUAACGUGCGUCCCGCUCCCGUACGGCAAGUCCAGCAGGUGCAGCAGGUGCAGCAAGAAGUGCAGCAGUUCAUACCACAGCAGCAGGUGCAGCAGUUCGUACCACAGCAGCAGCAACAACGGCAGUUCACUCGCAACACCGGCUUCUCCUCUGGCGGUUCCAGGUCCGCCGGCACGGGAGUAGGAAGCUUCGGAGGAGGACAAAUCAACGUGCAGUCGUUCGGCAACAUCGACAGCGACUCGUUCGGCUUUGAUAAUUUCGGCGGCCAAUACGUCGACGUCGACAAAUUCGACUUUAACAACGCCCGCUCCAGCGCACAGGCGCUCGCACCGCGCGAGUCAAUCAACCAGGCCCAGCAGGAACAGAUCGUCAUCGGUAAGCGAUUCCGCUCCGGCUAUGCACGCCAGACGGAGACGAGCUCGGCCGUAAAGGAGGGCACCGGAUCCGGAGAGGCCGGCAUCGAGUUGGCCGCAUCGCGCACGGCCAAUCAGGACGCGACGCAGCAGUUCAAGCAGGACGCCAGCGGAGAGGGCAAGACCGAGCAGGGUGCCGGAUAUGGGUUCGAGCGCAACAACAAAGGAUAG